GAUCGAUUGCAGUUUCGCGUCGUUUUGUUGUGAAAAUUUUAGAUCACACGUUAUUGCAUUGUUAUUAAAAAUUACUUAUUUUUCAUUAAACUAAUAAGAAGUUUCAGCUGAUAAAUCAUGGCUAUGCAAUGUCAGCUAUGGAUGGGCAGUUUGGAGCCCAACAUGACCGAGAGCUUCAUAAUGGCUGCCUUCAAUCGCAUGGGACCGCGACCACUAGCAGUAAAAGUCAUGAGAAAUAAAUUCACCGGCGAACCCGCUGGUUAUGCAUUUGUACAUUUUCAGACGGAUGAAGAAGCAAUAGAUGCUAUGCACAAGCUGAAUGGUAAACCAAUCCCGGGAACAUUCCCAGUGGUGAGGUUUCGGCUAAACACUGCAUCACGGGAAGCUCGUGCAAAUAUGCAGCAAGAACGAGUAUUCUCCGUGUGGGUUGGAGACCUGAGUCCUGAAGUUGAUGACUACUCGCUUUAUAGGGUCUUUGCAUCAAAGUAUUCUUCCAUCAAAACUGCUAAAGUUAUUUUGGACAACUCUGGCUACACAAAAGGCUAUGGUUUCGUGAGAUUCGGCAAUGAAGAGGAGCAAAGAAAUGCAUUAUAUGCCAUGAACGGUUACACUGGGCUUGGCUCAAAACCUUUGAAGAUAUGUACUGCAGUCCCAAAGCCUAAGUCUGAGACCAACUCCAGUCAGAAUCCGUCUGCGGCUUCAACACCCAAUUCUACAUUCAGCAGUGGAACAGAGUACAAUCAAUACUAUGAUCCGUCUGCAUACUGGCAGAACUAUUCAGCGUGGUCUGGCUACUACGGGCAGGGCGAGCAGGGCGCGGCCGCGGCGCAGACCGUGCCCGUCGCUGACGUCACGCAGCCGCCCGCCGCCGCCAAGCAAAACGAUGAACUCGCAUUAGUUGAACACAAGAAAGAAAUCGACGUCGACCAAAUGAAUCAAGAGUUCCUAGACCCUGAGUUAUCACUCUGGGACUGUCUAGAAGAGUCGCAGUGGUUCCCACAGGAACUUGUAGAGGCGCAUUAGUUAUUUAUUAUUAUUUAACAUUAAGGAUAGAUUAAUAAUUUGUAAAUAAAUGAGUUUGCAUUUA